AUGCAAGGAGCAUUUAAAGCUUUUUCAUCACAUGGAAACAUUGUGAAGAAUGGAGUUUUGCGACACAUCCGUCUUGUGAAUCCCCUAAUUCAGCUUGUUGCGUUUUCACGCUUUGAGUCUGCUACGCCUGCUCGCAUAGAAGAGCAUGGUUUUGAAAGCACCAGAAUUGCAGACAUCUUGAAAGGGAAAGGUAAAGGUGCUGACGGUUCCUGGCUCUGGUGCACUACAGAUGAGACUGUUUAUGAUGCUGUUAAGUCGAUGACCCAGCACAACGUUGGAGCCUUGGUGGUUGUGAAACCUGGAGAGCAAAAAUCUAUCGCAGGAAUCAUAACAGAGAGAGAUUAUCUCAGGAAGAUCAUAGUGCAGGGAAGAUCAUCCAAGUCAACAAAGGUCGGGGAUAUUAUGACUGAGGAGAACAAGCUUAUCACUGUCACCCCUGACACCAAAGUUCUACGGGCAAUGCAACUGAUGACAGAUAACCGAAUCAGGCACAUUCCAGUAAUAGAUGACAGGGGAAUGAUUGGAAUGGUGUCCAUUGGCGAUGUGGUUCGUGCUGUGGUGAGUGAGCACCGGGAGGAGCUAGACCGCCUGAAUGCUUAUAUUCAAGGAGGUUACUAG